AUGACACUGACAACCUGGCUUGUAACAGGAACCUCGCGCGGCAUUGGCCUCGAGAUCGUCAGCCAGCUCGUCGCUGAUCCCGCCAAUAUCGUUAUCGCCACCUGUCGCAACCCUGCGGGCGCGACCGCGCUCUCCUCGCUCCAGGACACUGCCAAAGGUGUCCUGUACAUCCUCCCGCUCGAUGUCGCUAGCGAGGCCUCCAUCCGCGCGUCCGUCUCCCCGGUAGCUGCCAUCUUGGGUGACCGCGGAUUGGACUAUCUGUACAACAACGCUGCUGUGACCGAAGGCGACGACUCGGCGUUCGAUUUCUCCGUGGACGGUUUUUCGCAAUCGCUCCAAGUGAAUGUCGUUGCUCCUGCCCUUCUUGGGCAGUUGUAUCUUCCCUUUAUCGAGAAGAGCUCUCGCAAAGUUAUCGUCAACAUCACGAGCGGUCUCGCGAGUAUCGGCCUUGACUUCGGCGCCAAGAAUGCGACAUACAGCGUCAGCAAGACAGCGCUGAAUAUGCUGACCUACAAACAAGCCCGCGCACGCCCCGACAUCACCUCAAUUUGCAUUGAUCCCGGCUGGGUCAAGACCGACAUGGGCGGCCCCAACGCAGCGACAGAAACCCAUGACAGCGUGUCCGCGGUCCUGCGGCUCGUGACCAGCGUGUCGCCUAAGGACUCAGGAAAGUUUUUCCGGCACGACGGCGAAAUCAUCGUGUGGUAA